AUGACCAGGCCUCGUCGGCACUCCGGUGCGAGCGAGGAGAGCUCAGGUACGGCUCGCGAGCAGGAGCUAGGGAGCAUGUAUGAUUACCUGGCCAAGAUCAUAUUGCUUGGCCCCAGCGGGACAGGAAAGUCAUGCCUACUGCAUCGCUUUGUCAAGAAUGAAUGGCGAGUCCUGUCGUCGCAAACUAUCGGCGUUGAGUUUGCCACCAAAAUCAUCAAAGUUGGUUCCGGGUCGAGGCGGAAACGGAUAAAGCUUCAGCUUUGGGACACGGCUGGGACAGAACGGUUCCGAUCAGUCUCCCGUUCCUACUAUCGAGGCGCCGCGGGCGCUAUCCUCGUCUACGACCUUACCUCACACGCCUCCUUCCGAAACCUACAACCUUUCCUUAAUGACGCCCGAGCACUUGCAUCCCCGAACCUUAGCCUUAUGCUUGUAGGCAACAAACUUGACCUUACAGACACACUCGUCGACACAAGUCUUCCGCCCCCGACACCAAACAGCGUCACUUCAAACUCAACUCUGACAUCUGGUAUGCUGGGCGGCGGCGGCAGCUCUUACACAAGUACAGCCACAACCAGAGAUCGAGGAGCAUCCAUAAGCGCUGGCAAUCAGCUAAGAGCGACUGUUGCGCCAGAGGGUAGAGAAGUCACAAGAGCCGAAUCCAGUCGAUGGGCUAGCACAGCAGGAAUAUCAGUAGUCACUGAGGCGAGCGCAUUCAACGGCGAGGGUGUCGACGAGAUAUUCGAAAGGCUAGCAAGGAUAAUUCUUACAAAGAUUGAACUCGGCGAAAUAGACCCGGAUGAUCCAGCAAGCGGGAUUCAGUACGGUGACAGCGGUGGGUGGAACACAGCUAGUGAUGGGGGCAGUAUUAAGAGUUCCAUGACGGGUGCCACCGCGGACGACGUUCAUAACGGACUCAGGAGAAGGCGGAAGAAGAACAGAACACAGAACUGGGGACUUCGAGAAUGGGAAGAAGUGUUUACGCUGAGCAGUAGAAGGAGAGGAGGUGGCUGCUGUUAA